GUCCCUUUACCACCUCUAGUUUAGCUAUGCUAUUUCAUUCUUGUGAGCCCACUAGGUAAUCGUCAUUCUGUUUAAGACAAAUUUUCAGUAACAAUAUUUAUGUCAAGACCGAAAAUCCUUUCCCUAUGUCAUGAAUUCCUCUGUUUGUUUUCUUUACCCAUCUUCAUGGUAAUUAUGCCAAUAGUAAACCAGCUGCAUCCAUCCAUGUUUGCUUCAUUCUUUAUUUCAGUUUUUGAAAAAACCUUUCUGUGUAACUUCUGUCCAAAUUGAAAGAGUAGAAUUUUUUUGGUAUAACGGAUUUUUUAAAUUUGUUAUCAUUCGCGAAUGUUGUCUUCGCAUAAAAAGGGUUAUUGGCUGAUUCAUAAGAAAACAGUUUAAAUUUUUUUUUAGCAAUUCUUGAAAAAACAAGCCAAUUUGACGAGAAUAUAAAAACAUUAUGUAUAUAGAUGCAGUGACUAUGAUCAAUUUUCUUGCAAAGAGAAUUUCAAAUUGACAUGGAGAGAAAUGCGAGAGAAUUUUUAAAGUCUGUCUUAAUCUUCUUUAUUGUGAAAUGUAUAUAUAUGUUACUAUAACAACGCAAGUAUGUUAGCGUAACAUAUAUAUAUAUAUAUAUGAAGAAAUGUGUUAAUUUUUUUACAACUUUUAAAAAUAACAUAUCAUGUACAGAAACAGUGGUAAGAAUAUACAACGAUGCAAUUUUAGUAAUGGUACCGAGUGUGUAUGGACUUAUAGUAGCCAAUCAAAUUUCGAGUACAGAGUGCGUUGCAGUCAAAACUAAGGACAAAGAAAAAGACAACAAACCUUCGACAGAGAGUCCAAAACAAAGUGAAAAUAAGAAAUAAAGAAUACUAUACAGAACAGAGCAAAUACCAUUUUUGUUUUUUGCAAUGCCUGCGGACCCGUGGAAAAAAUAUUCAUGUGAAGGAAAAACUGAAGAUCAGCUCUUCUCGGAGUUUUAUUUAGCAACCAAGGAAGGUCGUGAGGAUGUUUUGAAGAUUAUGGUGGAUAAGGGAAAAGUUGAUGUGAACCACGUGACUGAGAGGGAAAAGGAGUGUCAAGGACUCACCGCACUUCACUUGGCUACUCGAUACAACAAACUGAAUUGCAUAAAGUAUUUGCUGUCUGCAGGUGCAAAUGUUAAUGCCAUUGACACUUUCGGUUUCCGUCCGAUUCACGAUGCGGCUAUGUACGGAUAUCUUGAUUGUAUGAACGAACUUCUUGCACAAGGUGCGAAAACUAAUGGAGUUGAACGGGCGGGAUUUGAGCACAUAACACCACUCUAUUAUGCCGCCCAACAAAAUCACGCGCCCUGUGUUUUGGCGCUAAAGGAUAAAUAUCCGGACACCGAAAAAGUUUUGCUGGAGAUGAGUUCUCGGCGGGGUAACGCGUCACUUUUAGAGUUGACGAAGAAAGAAAAUGCUGCAGAGUGUGAUAGUCUGGUUGACACGUGGCUUCAAAAUUCAGCUCUCUCUGGACACGUCAAAUAUUUGGAUUAUCUGAAAAAUUUCAUUUCACGAAAAUUUGGUUCAAAAGAAAAUCUUCACUCGAUCAUCACAGCUACACAACACGACAAAGUUGAAUACUUGACUCGAUUACUCGAUGCUGGAAUCGAUCCUAAUACAUGCACUAUAGAUAAAGCCACUGCGCUUCACUACGCUGCCAGAUACGGCCACGUUGAAUGUAUUGAAUUGUUAGUCAAAUAUGGAGCUGAUAUUAACAGGAAAACCAUCGAGAAUUGGACACCCCUGCACAUAGCUGUGCGGCAAGGUUGUGCUGAUAGCAUCGACAAAUUGAUUCAAUGUGGGUGCAACAUUGAUGAAACUGGAGGUGACACUGAAGACACUGCGCUACAUACAGCAUUGAAGUUGGCUGUAGACGAAGAAGUCGUGGUAGCGCUGCUAAAAGGAAAGCCAUCACUAACUGUGGAGAACAGUGAAGGAUUUAUACCAACUGGAAUUAAGAGCGAGUUUGAAAGACUAAAUGAACUCCUACUGGAAUACGCACGAAAUUAAAAUUUUAUUUUCUAUGUAUAUAUGUUCUAUAUUGUCUGUAUAUUUAUAAAAAUGAGAAAUUUGCUCCUGUAUAAUUCAGUGAAGAGAAAAACCCAGUAUCAAAUCAA